AUGGUUCACACUAAAUUUUGUAAACCUAUCUAUAAUAGUUCUGAUACAAGUGAUGAGGAUCAUAUAGCAGGUGGUAGCAAUACAAACAAUCCUGAACAGAAUGAUGUAUUACCAAAUUUACAUAGAUCUCAAAGACAACAGAGGCCAUCCCAUAUUAGAACAUUAGCUGUAAUAGCUAAUGCUACAGCGGAACUAAUGGAACAGAGUAGUGAUGAGGAACUGCCUGAUCCACGACUUCAUGAUCCUAGUUUAAAUCAGAUUACUGAACUAAAUGCUGAUAAUGAAACACAAGGAAGAAAUGAAGAGAUUGCAACACCAAGAGCUGGAAGAAAUAAUAAUGAAAGAUCAAGAGGAGCUAAUGGUGGAAGGGGAGGAGCAGGAAGAGGAGCUGGAAGAGGAACAGGAAGAGGAACUGGAAGGGGAACAGGAGCAGGGACAUUAUCUGGAAGGGGAACAGGAGCAGGGACAUUAUCAGGAAGAGGAGCAGGAAGAACAAGAAUUGCAAGAAAUAAUAAUGAAAGAUCAAGAGGAGGUAGAGGUGGAAGGGGAGGAGCAGGAACUGCAAGAAAUAAUGAUGAUACCAAUAUCACUUUGCCAUUACAUAGAGAUUUGUCACCAGAACCAAGAGAUUUAUCACCAGUACCAAGAGAUUUAUCACCAAUACCAAGAGAUGUGACACCAGUACCAAGAGAAGAUGAGGACUUACGUAAUGAACGACAAAGAUAUUAUGCAGCAGGCACACCUACAGUGCAGUUUAGAGCAAGUACUCCUAUGCAGCAUGAAAAGGCUCUUGUAGACGUAAAUACAACUGUAAUUAUUGGCAUAGAUGAAACAAAUGAGAACAACAAAAUAAACAAUAUUGCUGAAAUAGCAGAUUUUAUUCCGGAUGUUCUGCCAGUUGCUGAUACAAGAAUCCCAACUUCAGUGAGUGAAAUAAAAGAUUUAAUAGGUAGCCAUCGUGAAGAUUUUAUUUCAUCAGAUGUUGAGAAUCCCCUGCUGAUGGAAGUUCGGAGAGACUGUGUAAUGGUUGACGCCCUAAGUUACAUUAGGGUUGCUCAGGAUGACCUUAAUAGGCCAUUACACAUUUCAUUCAUUAAUGAAGAUGGUAUUGACCUUGGAGGGCUGCGUAGAGAGUUUUGGUCCAUAUUUGUCCAUCAAGUUGGACAUUCUAUUUUUGUGACAGGUAUAUAUAUAUACAGAUUGUAG